AUGUCUGUGCUUCUAGAAACAUCACUGGGGGAUAUCACCAUCGACUUGCUCGUGGAUGAUGCGCCGAAAUGCUGUGAAAACUUCCUCAAGCUAUGCAAAGUAAAGUAUUACAACUUUGCGCCCGUGCAUAGCGUCCAACCAAAUUUCUCCUUCCAGACUGGCGAUCCUAUAGGCCCCGGGUCCAAGGACAGCGAUGGCGGCCGCUCGAUAUGGGGUUUGCUCGAACCUGGCCAAAUCGCGAAGAAGACAUUCGUGCCAGAGUUUAAGCCAAAACUCAAGCACGCGGAGAUGGGCACAGUCAGCAUGGCCACGGCCCCGAACCCUGCAGAUCCAGAAGAGCGCCUCGCCGGCAGCCAGUUUAUCGUGACAUUGGGGCCGAACAUCGACUAUCUAGAUGGCAAAGCUGCGAUUUUUGGCUCGGUUGUAGAGGGAUUUGAUACGUUGGAGAAAAUCAACACGGCAUAUAUCGACGACCAGGGUCAGCCACUCAAGGACAUUCGCAUACUGCACACUGUCAUUCUCGAUGACCCAUUCGACGACCCCGCUGGCCUCGUCGAGCCGCCCGAAAGCCCUGCACCUUCCGCAGCACAGCUCGCCACGGUCCGGGUCGCAUACGACGAGAACCUUGAGGAGGAAAACGAUCCAGAAGCACUCGAGAAAGUACGACGAGAACGUGAGGCGCGCGCACAAGCUCUCACACUGGAGAUGGUUGGCGAUCUGCCCUUUGCCGAAGUCGCACCACCUGAGAACGUGCUGUUUGUGUGCAAGUUGAAUCCAGUUACGCAAGACGAGGAUCUGGAGCUCAUUUUCUCGCGAUUUGGCAAGAUCCUUGGUUGCGAGGUCAUUAGGGACAAACGUACUGGAGACAGCCUACAGUACGCCUUCAUUGAAUACGCCAAUCAGAAGGACUGCGAGCAGGCCUACUUCAAGAUGGAUGGUGUUUUGAUUGACGAUCACCGUAUACACGUCGACUUCUCUCAGUCCGUCUCCAAAAUUGCAGACGAUUGGCGCGAUGUCACAAAUAAGAAGAGGCGCCGAGCGGCUGGUGGAUUCGGUGGAAUCGACAACCUCGAGAGAAAGAGACAAUAUCGCGACGAUUCCGGGCGCCAGAUCAUGUCAGACUCAGUCGUCAACAAUCUGGUCGCUGAUUCAGAUGCCCCUAGACAUGGGGGGUCGCGAACGCGCGACACCAGCAGAGAUAUGCGGAGAGAUGACACACGAAGGCGUGAGCGGAGAACAGAAUACCACGACGAUCGCUUCAAGCGCAAUCGGAGCUGUAGCCCUAAACGCGACCGUCGAGAUGAGGAUGGCAGGUACCAUGAGCGAAGACGAGAGCGAACCCGUAGCCCCGAUCGACGGCGUGACAACCGCCGAGACAGAAGUCGGGAUCGCUAUCGCCGGGACGACCGCGACGACCGGGACCGUCGACGAUGAGUACACCCGUUCGCUAGCGAUUGGCUUAGCGAAUACUUGGAGGGAAACGUGCUUCCUGUCAGGGUGCAAAUGUACGUGCAUCUUGAGAGUUGAGAUUGUAAUGUAAUACCGAAGCACCAUAUUAGCUGUUCGUAAAGGGAUAUCAGGUGCCACCCAAGUAGCACCAUCG